UUAUCCUCACCAGCCAAAUAGACUGAUCCUUGUUUCCCAUUACUCUCUUUCUUCUCCUUCUGUUUCUUCCUCUGCUCGCAGUUCCUCUCUUCUUUCUCUCAGCUUCACUUCCUUUCUUCUUCUUCUUCUUAUUCUGCUGCUUCGUGCUAUUCUUCUGUAUCUGUUUCUCUGGUUUCACUUCUUAUCAGGAUCAGAAGCGGUUUUCCGGCGAGAUUUGCACGGAAAGUUUGAGGAUUACGAGUUUCUCAGGGGGUCUUAAGUACUGUAGCGAAUUUGAUUGAUUUGGAGGAGAAGGAAGUGAAGAAAGAGGAAUUUUUCUGGUGGUGGUGUUUAUUGGAAGCUUGGAAAAUUUUUAUGACUAUUUUGUUUAGCUAUGGUCGUGAAGGAAGAUAGAGAAGAAAGUUUGAUAUCACUUGUAGCCCUGAAAGGGAUAAGCCAAGGAAAAUUUUGUUAGUUGGAAAAGGAGAUCUUGUGCAUGGUAGGAGGAUUGGUGGUCUGUGCUGCUAUGACUGUUCAGGAUCAGUGUGGAGGGACUCUAUCUAAUGCGUCUCUCCCAGCAGGCAAUGGAAUUUUAUUGAAUGGUGGCCUGCAUACAGUAACCGCCACCCAGCUUAAAGACCAGUUUACUUGUGGGAAUGACUACUCUCCCAAGGUGAGGAAACCAUACACAAUCACGAAACAAAGAGAAAGAUGGACGGAAGAUGAGCAUAAGAAGUUCCUUGAAGCCUUAAAACUUUAUGGUCGAGCUUGGAGACGGAUUGAAGAGCAUGUAGGCACCAAGACUGCAGUUCAGAUUAGAAGCCAUGCUCAGAAAUUCUUCUCUAAGGUUGUGAGAGAGGCAACUGGCAACAACACGAGUUUAGUAGAACCUGUAGAAAUUCCCCCUCCUAGACCAAAGCGAAAACCUAUGCAUCCCUACCCCCGCAAAAUGGCGCAUCCACUUAAUAAAGAACCCUCAAUUCCAGAGCAGCCACUGCAGUCUUCAUCCCCAAACUUUUCAAUUUCAGAACAAGAAAACCAAUCUCCAACAUCAGUAUUGUCUGCAGUUGGUUCAGAUGCUUUUGGUUCAAUUGAUUCAAAUACACCAAACAGUAGUUUAUCACCAGUUUCAUGUGCUGGCGGUUCUCAUCCUGCUGACUUCACAAUUUAUGAACCCAACUUGACACCUGCAGAUCAUGGCUGCCCAUCUCCAGCCACAAUAACUGCUGCAGCUCUUGACGAGCAAUCCCCCAAGGUAGCAAAACUCAACUUAUUUCCCAUAGAAAAUGUCUUCUCUGAAGAUGUUCUAAUGAGGGAAACAUCUACUCGGAGUCUCAAGCUCUUUGGAAGAACUGUACUGGUCACUGAAUGCCACAGACCAUCUUCUCCAACCAUAGGGAAUUCUAAAUUACCGCCAUUAGACACGAAUGAUGGAAAACAUGUGCAACCACUGCCCUGGGACUUUAUGGCCACAGAACUGCAACAUGAGAAUAGGGAAUGCGCUUGGAGUCAUUUGUCAACACAUGGGCUUCCUGGGACACUUUAUUACCAGCAAUUCCAAAAGGAGAAGUCCAAUUCAACAGGGGCUGGCUCUGCUACUCCCCUCCCAUUGUAUGCUUUUUGUGGAGAUAUACCAUUUCCUUCUCACGGGCAGGAGCCUGUGAAAUUACAUUUGGAUUCUAAUGGUGAAGAAAUCCAAGAUAAAGAAAUUCAUAAGGAAGGAUCCUGGACUCGUUCUAACUCUGGAUCAGUAAAUGAGGGGGAGAAUGUGGAUAAAAAUGUAGAUGGCGAGACCCAGAGUCGGCAGUACCGGGUUCUUGAGCUGAAAACAAGUGAGAAAUCAGCUUCUUCAAGUAAGUAUAUGAAAGGGUUUGUGCCAUAUAAAAAACGUACGGCAGAAAGAGACAGCCGUUCGUCAACAAUAACAGGUGAAGAGAGGGAAGAGCAAAGAAUCCGCCUUUGCUUAUAGCAGCAAGGCCUCGACUUCAUGGAACAUCCCCAAGAGAACAGAGAUGUUUUCUAACUGGUUGAGGAACUGACCUGGGAACAUUCUAGUUGAUGGACUUGUCUUUUGCAACUCGAUUGAGGAGGAAGGAAGAAUGGAGCUUUAAAGUAGCCGUCUUAUGCAACUUUAGUCAUUUAGCAUUUUAUCUUCAACUGUUUAGAUCCUUAAUUACACUCUUUUCUUUCUUGUAUGCAUCAUAUAUCCUUGCCUUUUUGUUUCUUUUUUGGAAUUUUCUUUUUGGUCCUUGGAAUUAGCUUUGUAUUACUUUAUAUUCUUUUCCUUGUUCCAAACUGUAAAUUCCUCAGUCCCGGCCUUUGUACAAUAUCUGAAAGUAGUGCUGCUUAGAAAUUUGUGCUACUAGUAAGGCAAAUAAGGCUUAAUGUUUCCAUUGGUAAAAUUUUCCUCCUCUUUUAUCUCCAA